AAGAAAAUUGAGAGUAGAGGAAAGAGUAGUCAGAGUGACAAGAGCAUCAAGUGCUGCAGAAGAGGCAACAGAAACUAGGCCUGAGUCUCUUCAGAUUUGCCAGUCUUUAUAGGACCACACUCUUCUCUCCUUUCCUUACAUUUUAUCUAUCUAUUUUGACAUUUACUAUAUUGGAUAUUUUAAUGUUGUUUUGAUUUUACACUACAUGGCAAACUCCUCAAAAGCUCUUGCCCUCGUCUGACCAAUUUUUGACACAAUAUAUGUUACCUUUCUUAAACUUGGGUUUGUGAAUAUAUUACUCUUUGACUUAACUGUUAACAAAUACUCCAUAAACUAAUAUCCCCUCUAAACCCUACUUUUUUAGGUAAUAGUGUGAUAACUUAUCUUCUAUAAUUGUAUAGUAAUAUAUUCUAUAAAUGACUUUAUUUCCCUAAGUACAAAAAUAGAGUGUGUAUAUAAAGGAGGGGCUGGCCUUGUGAAGAGGCUGAAGCUAGCUAGUGUUCAUGCAAAUUACAACCGAGGAAUAUAUACUUAGAGAGUGAAAGAGAGAACAAACCAGAUAAAAGGGACAUAGAAAGUGGUCUUCCUUGUCUGACUCUGUCCUAAACUCAGGAACCCUAGCUAAUCUCUGAAUCUAUCAAGAAAGCUCUUUGUCUCUUCUGUUUAUGCUCUUUUUAUUCUGCUACAUAACCCUUUGAGGAAAGAAAGAAGCUAACAAGAAAGAUGAUGAGCCUAAGUGGAAGUAGCGGGAGAACAACAGAGAGGCCUCCAUUUACACCAACUCAAUGGCAAGAACUGGAGCAUCAAGCCCUAAUAUACAAGUACAUGGUCUCUGGUGUUCCUGUACCACCAGAGCUCAUCUUCUCCAUCAGAAGAAGCUUGGACUCUUCCUUGAUCCCUAGACUCCUCCCUCACCAACCACUUGGGUGGGGAUGCUACCAGAUGGGAUUUGGGAGAAAACAAGAUCCAGAACCAGGAAGAUGCAGAAGAACAGAUGGUAAGAAAUGGAGAUGCUCAAGAGAAGCACACCCAGAUUCAAAGUACUGUGAAAAACACAUGCACAGAGGAAGAAACCGUGCCAAAAAAUCUAUCGAUCAGAGUCAGACAACUGCUCCUUUAAUAUCACCAUCCCUCUCUUUUCCCAGCAACCACAACAACCCAAGCCCCACACUGUCCUCUUCUUCUACUACUUAUUCUGCUUCUUCUUCUUCUUCUUCAUCCCCUUUACUUGACACCUAUAGUAACAUCAAUAGGUUUGGUGGUGGUAGCAGUAACAGUAGAGGUUACUUUAACAAUGAUUAUCCUUAUCCUUCAACUUCACCUAAACAGCAACAACAACAAACUCUUCAUCAUGCUUCCGCUUCGUCACUUCAUCAAAACACAUCUACUCCUCAACUCAAUGUCUUAGCCUCUGCAACUGACCACAAAGACUUCAGAUAUUUUCAAGGGAUUGGGGAGAGAGUUGGAGUAGGGGAAAGAACAUUUUUUCCAGAAGCUUCUAGAAGCUUUCAAGAUUCCCCAUACCAUCACCAACAACCGUUAGCAACACUAAUGAAUGAUCCGUACCAUCAUAAGUUCGAUCAUCAUGAUAACACAUAUUCAUCCUCAUCUCAACAUCAUCAUCAUGACCAAGAUCAUCGACAACAACAAUGUUUUGUUUUGGGCGCCGACAUGUUCAACAAACCCACAAGAACUGUCUCCGAAAACACAUCGAGACAAGAUCUCGAUAAUCAAGAAGAGGAAGAGAAAGAUUCAUCACAAACGAAGAAGUCUCUUCAUCAUUUUUUUGGUGAAGAGUGGGCACAGAACAAGAACAGUUCAGAUUCUUGGCUUGACCUUUCUUCCCACUCAAGACUUGACACUGGUAGCUGAUUGAUUAGGCCAGAUAGCAUCAGUGAUGGGUCUGCACCAACACACACACAUACAAAAGUUUGAAGGGUGCAUUUCAUAUAUAUUUUCGUGGAACAUUGAGACAAGACACUGUUUGCAGAAGCCCUAUAUGUAUGCAUUAAUGUAAUGAUCUCUUUCUUCUCUCAAUGUCAUAGGUCCCAACAAGAAAACUGAUCCGACGUUUAUCUGUGUGUGUUUCUACUGCUUUUUUUGGCUGCUGUUUUUUCUCCUGGAUAUCGUUUUUAUUUUAUUUCAUUGUAGCUGAAAGAAACACUAUAUUAUUGAUUUGUUUCUUAGGAUGCAAGCAUCUUUUGUAGCAU